UCGACUGGACGCGUGUACGCAUGCGCACACAGGCAGCGGUGUGUGAGCAAAAGAGGUAAACAGAUUCUGUUGAUGUGUUAAAACGGACCAAAAAUGGAGACACCGAAAGAUGUGCAACCACCCAAGCAGCAGCCCAUGAUCUACAUAUGUGGAGAGUGUCACACUGAAAAUGAAAUCAAGGCCCGUGAUCCAAUCCGAUGCAGAGAGUGCGGUUACAGGAUCAUGUAUAAGAAGAGGACAAAGAGAUUGGUUGUUUUCGAUGCCAGAUGAAGAAGAGGUGAUCAGCUGUUUUGUUAUUGCUGUGUGUAAUUUUUGUAGUUUGUUUGGAUGUAAAUAAACAGACAUUCAGACCUUUCUGAAUGAUGUUGAAAAUC